GGGAUUGGAGGCCCGUGGGCCCCGCCUAGCCCCCCGGAGACCGGCGGGAGGCGUCGUGCGCGGCCGGGCGGCUGAGAGACGGAGAAGUGAUGCCACCAAGGAGAAAUGGGAAAUAUAAACUUCCAGUACCACUUCCAGAAGGAAAGGUUCUGGAUGAUACGGAAGGAAAACAGUGGGUGCUGGGCAAGAUGAUCGGCUCUGGAGGAUUUGGAUUGAUAUAUUUGGCUUUCCCUGCAAAUAAGCCAGACAGAGAUGCAAGACAUGUAAUAAAAGUGGAAUAUCAAGAAAAUGGCCCAUUGUUUUCAGAACUGAAAUUUUAUCAGAGAGCUGCAAAAGAAGAUUGUAUAAAAAAGUGGAUAGAACACAAACAACUUGAUUACUUAGGAAUUCCUCUGUUUUAUGGAUCCGGUCUUACUGAAUUCAGUGGAAAAAGUUACAGGUUUAUGGUAAUAGAAAGACUCGGUAUAGAUUUACAGAAGAUCUCAGGCCACAGUGGUACUUUUAAAAAGUCAACUGUCCUGCAGCUAGGUAUCCGAAUGCUGGAUAUACUGGAAUAUAUACAUGAAAAAGAAUAUGUGCAUGGUGAUAUAAAAGCAGCAAAUCUACUUUUGGGUUACAAAAAUCCAGACCGGGUUUAUCUUGCAGAUUAUGGACUUUGCUACAGAUAUUGUCCCAAUGGGAACCACAAACAGUAUCAGGAAAAUCCUAGAAAAGGCCACAAUGGGACAAUAGAGUUCACCAGCUUGGAUGCUCAUAAGGGAGUAGCCCCAUCCAGACGAAGCGAUGUUGAAAUCCUCGGCUACUGCAUGCUGCGGUGGUUGUGCGGGAACCUUCCCUGGGAGCGGCACCUGAAGGACCCUGUGGCCGUCCAGACUGCUAAAACAAAUCUGCUGGAUGAGCUCCCUGAGUCAGUGCUUAAGUGGGCUCCUUCUGGAAGCAGUUGCAGUGAAAUAGCCCAAUUUUUGAAAUGUGUUCAUUGUUUGGCAUAUGAUGAAAAGCCAAACUAUCACAUGCUCAAGAAAACCCUGAACCCAGGUGGAAUGCCUUUAGGACCACUGGAAUUUUCCAAUAAAGGACAGAGUGAAAAUGUGCGUACUCCGGAUGAUCAAAAAGCUGAAUCACAAAGGGCUGCAACAAAACAAGUCAAUCAGAUGCGAACUAAGUUAAUAGAAAAAAAAAUCUGCAGCGAGAGAAGUGCUGAGUCCUGUGCGUCUUGGACACAAGUGCAAAAAGAGAAGAAGCUGAUUGGAUCCACGGACAGUGAAACAGCUCAGGAAAGCAUAAGGAGAAGACAAAAAUAUGAAUCUCAAGAACUUUUGCAUGAAAUAAACAGUUUCCCACAAAAAUCUAGCUACCUACAAUUCCCACAUUCAUUCUAUGAAUCCCAUCAAGAUUUUACCAGUCCAGAUAAAUUCAGCAAGUCAAGAUCUCCAGCAUGGGAUACAUACCCUUCCACAGUUGGUAUGGAAGUCACAAAUAUAGAAAGUUCUACUGGUCUUUGGCCCACAAUUUUUCAGUUGACUCUUAGUGAAGAGGCAAAGGCAGAUGUGUAUUAUUAUGGCUUCACAAUACUUGUCCUUUUGGUGUUAGUAUGUCUUGCUUUAUACUUUCUCUGA